ACCCUCAUAGUCUAGUGUUCUAAAUGAGAUUAUGAUUCCGUAAGUACCUGAGGAGCCAGGAGAAUGGCUACAAUGACUUCAGCAGUACUAGUGGACAUACAGGAUGAAGUGACCUGCCCCAUCUGCCUGGAGCUUCUGAAGGAACCCCUGAGCAUAGACUGUGGCCACAGCUUCUGCCAAGCCUGCAUCACAGAGAACAGCAAGGAAUCGCAGAUCGGCCAAGAAGAAGAAAGCAGCUGUCCCGUGUGCCAGACCAGCUACCAGCUCAGGAACCUGCGGCCUAAUCGGCACCUGGCCAACAUAGCGGAGAGGCUCCGGGAGGUGGUGUUGGGCUCAGGGGAGCCGCUGAAGGUGAUCCUCUGUGCGCACCAUAGAGAGAAACUCCAGCUCUUCUGUAAGGAGGACGGAAAGCUGAUCUGCUGGCUUUGCGAGCGGUCUCAGGAGCACCGCGGCCACCACACGUUCCUCAUGGAGGAGGUUGCCCGGGAGUACCAGGAGAAGUUCCAGGAGUCUCUGAAGAGGCUGAGGCAAGAGCAGCAGGAAGCUGAGAAACUAAAAGCUGUGAUCAUAGAGAAGAGGACAUCCUGGAAGAAUCAGCUGGAACCUGAGAGACACAGGAUCCAGAAGGAGUUUAAUCAGUUGAGAAGCAUCCUGGACAAAGAGGAGCAGCGGCAAUUGAAAAAACUGGAGGAGGAAGAGAGGAAGGGGCUGAAUAUUAUGGAAGAGGCAGAGGAUGAGCUGGUCCACCAGAGCCAGGCACUGAAGGAGCUCAUCUCAGAUCUGGAGCAUCGGUGUCAGGGUUCCACAGUGGAGCUGCUGCAGGACGUAAGUGAUGUCACGGAAAGGAGUGAGUACUGGACUCUGAAAAAGCCAGAGGAUCUCCCCACCAAGCUGAAGAGUGCAUUUCGGGCCCCAGAUCUGAAAAAGAUGCUACGAGUGUUCAGAGAGCUGACAGAUGUCCAAAGCUACUGGGUGGACGUGACUCUGAAUCCACACACGGCUAAUUUAAACCUUGUCCUGUCGAAAAACCGGAGACAGGUGAGAUUUGUGGGCGCCACUGUGCCCGGCUCUCAUCUGGAAGAGCACUACGACUGUGGCGUCCUGGGCUUGCAGCAUUUCUCCUCAGGCAAACAUUACUGGGAAGUGGAUGUGGCCAAGAAGACUGACUGGAUCCUGGGCGUGUGCAGCGAUGCCGCGGGACCUCCGUUCUCUGUCAACCAGUUUGGGAACAAUCGCAAUGUUUACUCCAGAUACCAACCUCAGAAUGGCUACUGGGUCAUCGGGUUGCACCACAAACAUGAAUAUAGAGCCUACGAGGACUCUUCCAGUUCCCUGCUCCUCUCCAUGACUGUGCCGCCUCGCCGGGUUGGGGUUUUCGUGGACUAUGAGGCCGGCACUGUCUCCUUUUUUAAUGUCACAAACCACGGCUUUCCCAUCUACACCUUCACUAAGUAUUACUUUCCCACCACUCUUUGCCCAUAUUUUAAUCCUUGCAACUGUGUGGUCCCAAUCACCCUGCGACGCCCAAGCUCUUGAACAUUCUGCUGCCCUCGCCCAUAUCUGAGCAGUAAGCAUCCUUUGAGGCUCAUCCACCCCUCAGACUCCUUUCUUACCUAUUUUCUGCAGUCUCCUUCCCUUUUCUUUGAACGUUUACUCAAGGCUAGAAUGCACUGGUGGUGACAAUGAACAUCCUUCAAGUAAUUAUUUCAAUACAUCUCUAGAGAUGGGUGAGGGGUAACUUUCAGCCUUUUAAAAUUAACCAUGGUAUUUUUUUGUCAAUGCAGAGGAUCAAAUAUGGGACAUUCUCUUAAUUUGCUGUAAGUUUUUGUUCUGAAUGGAUAAUUGAAUUUCAACAGAUAUUGUCGCUGAUUGAGAUAAUCCUGUGUCGUUUUUAUUCUGUUAUUGGAGUACAUUGAUUUGUUCCAAUGUUUAAAUGUAAUACAGAUUCCUGAAAUAAGACACUAUCAUUUUGCAUGUGCAAUACUGAAUUUGUUUUAUUAAUACUUGUCUUAGAUUUUAUUUUUAUCUCUAUUUAUGAAAGAAAUUGACCUGAAACUUUACAUUCUUAUAAUAUCACAGGUUUUAUAAAAUGCAGCCAAUGAACAAAGAAAUUGAUGUAUGUUUUUGUAUAAGGGCAUAAGAGUGCUAAAGCCUAAUAUGUUAAAUUUGGAAGUUUUAAAAUUAAAGAAAUUCUGACCAGUUUUUACUCCAUCCUUCAUGGAUCUUAAAAUGUUAACAGUAGAAAUUAAAAAAUUAAAACAAAAUCUGUCAAGUACAUUGAAGUACUAAAAGGAAAGAGGAAAAUGAUCCAUCCAAUAUAGAUUAUUUUAGGAAGAGAAUGAUUUCUUUUCAUUUCUCCACAUCCCCUUUCCUUUAUGCUUAAUAUGAACAGCCAGUGAGUGAGCAGUGAUGACUCGGGUAGAGAGAUGCUAUAUGCUUUUGGCGCUAACUGUAAAAGCAGUUAUGAAGUGGAGUGAGUGUGGAAACACAUAUUAAAGAGUUGACUAAAUCUAAUGUCCAGUUGGUAGCCAAGGGUCACUGGCAAUUCAAAUGUGACUAGUCUGAAUUGAGACAUGCUAUAUGUGUGAAAUGUACACCAUUGGUUCAAAAAAUAAUAUAAAAUAUU